UCAUCCAAAUUUUGUUUAAGGCACAUAUAUAGCUCACCACCGUAAAUCCACCACUUCCACCGCCAACCACCGUAAAAUCCGCACCACUGCACGCCAAUUCGCGAUCUCCAUGGAUUUCUGACCCCACCAGCUUGUAUUUUCUUUUUCUCGUACCUUCCCCUCUCUCUCUGUACAUAACUGUAUUCUGUAAUUUUAUAAUAUAUCCUCAUUGGAAUCUAAUUGAUUACCAUUUUUUGAUUUUUUCCUCCUAUCUUCAUGUCCACUCUACAUUAUUUUAUGAAUUUAUUUGUUAUUAUAUAAGUGUACAUCUUAUUUAUUUUGAAGAAAUGAUAAUUCGCUCAUUGCGAUUCAAAAUGGUUGCAAUUGGAAAAUGUUCAUCGAUUUAUCGGACUUCGACGGAAUUUGAUUUUCCGGAGACAUCGUCGGGAAAGUUAGGGUUAGUAAAGCUACCGGCAUGCAAUCACGGAGAGAAAUCCUUUGGCUUUAGUGUUUCUGGUAGCGAGGUCAAAACGAGCUUUGUAAGGCCUUUAAGAGCAAUUGAAGCUUCUAGGAUGUCUCAUGUCGACGGAAAAGCUGAAAAAUUUCAGCGGGCAGGGAGUGAUUCCAACGAAGACUUGCCUACAAAUGAUUGCAAUGGCUUUGCUGGUAAAGGUAUACCUCAGAUGUCUACAAUCGGGAAUUCAACAAACAUUGUCUGGCACAAGUGUUCUGUAGAGAAAUGUGACAGAGAGGAGUUGCUUCAACAACGGGGUUGUGUAAUAUGGGUAACUGGCCUCAGUGGUUCAGGGAAGAGCACUCUCGCAUGUGCUCUAGGUCGUGGCUUACACGCUAGAGGAAAACUCACCUAUAUCCUUGAUGGUGAUAAUGUUCGCCAUGGUCUGAAUCAUGAUCUUAGUUUCAGAGCAGAAGAUCGGGCAGAAAAUAUAAGACGGACUGGGGAGGUGGCAAAGCUUUUCGCGGAUGCUGGAGUUAUUUGCAUUGCCAGUUUGAUAUCUCCCUAUAGAAAGGAACGAGAUGCUUGUCGUGCUUUACUGGCAGAAGGGGAUUUCAUUGAGGUGUUCAUGGAUGUUCCUCUGCAUGUAUGUGAGGCAAGGGAUCCUAAGGGCUUGUACAAACUUGCUCGAGCUGGGAAAAUAAAAGGUUUUACCGGUGUUGAUGAUCCAUACGAGCCACCCCUAACAUCUGAGAUAGUUUUACGUCAGAACCAAGGGCUAUGUGAUUCUCCUAAUGAUUUGGCCGAUAUUGUUAUUUCAUACUUGGACAAAAACGGGUACCUGGAAGCGUAAUUUCUCACACCUCAUAUGCAGACAUGCAACUUCAAUCUGCAUCCACCAUUUUCUAUUGUGUUGGUGAAAUAAAACCUUCUCGUAAUUAGGAAACUUCACCUUUCCUUCUUGUAUAAGUUGAUUGUAAUUUAUGCAAAUUGAGUUAACUUCACCCAACUUGCCAUGUUCUUGCUAAAUCUAGCGUCUAUGAGGAGACCAUGUUUCACAUCCAA